ACGGGGUUAUCAUGCCGUGUGGGAAGUGUAAGAAGUUGCCGGAAGGUUGCCGUCCCAGCCGACCCAAAUGGCGGGUGCCGAGAAUAGGGACAGUCCUGUCGUGGGCGGUCCUGUCGGCGUACUGCGGGUACCUACUCUACCUACAGUACCUCGUCCUCAAGGAACACAAGAACGUGCAGGUGACCUUGGGUGAAGUGGUCGGGGCGGCGGUUGUCAGAGGGGUGACCUUGCUGGAGACGCGGCCAUUUUGGGUCUGGAUCUAUGGAAUACCCACAAUCCUCCUCGCGGCGUAUGUCGUCUGGCUACAGGGGAGGUACCUGCCUCAGGUGUUCUUCACCAUACAGGUGAUAAUUUACGUGGUGGUGAACGUGGAGAUCUGGCUGCACGACUUUCCACGGGAGCCUGCGGAAACCACCUGCCUGUGUCGGGACGCUCUGACCGACGGGCUGUUUCCCCCGGCCGGGGCCCCGCCGGGCAUCGCCACGCCGUACGUCUGUACCUGUAGGUACGCGGGGGAGAACGCUGCCUUAGGGCAGGUGGUCACGUUCCGACCCGAGUGUCUAGGAGACGAGCUGAGCAGCGUUCACGGCAGGGACAUCGGGGAUGAGCUGGUCGUGAAGGUGUUAAACUCCACUGGGGGUGUAGAGGAAACGGUCAGACUUGAAAACUGCACCUCAGCCUUGGCACUCAAGAACCAGUCCGAAGAAAAUAAUGUUCCAGAGAAUAAUUCUAUUGAUCCACGUAACGUCGUGAGGCGCGCUUUGAGCUAUACAGCAGGUGACAACUGUACAACAACUACUGGCAGUGUUUUAGGAUCGCAUCCCACUGAUUCUACCACUCUAGCAGCUUCUAAAGCAUCAACAGGUGUAAGCACGCCCCUAGCGACUGCACAGAGAACCGCAGCAAUGUCAGCAACGGUUGAGUCAAGCACGACUGCAAUAAACGUUUCUGUUAAAGUAUCGCCAACGUUAGCGUGUCAGAGAGGACCAAAUUCCUCUAAGCCGUGCGAAGAAGAGUCGCUGUCUGCCUUUGACGACACUACAACAGAGACACUGCGCAACCACACCGAGAUGCUCCGAAAGAUGUUCCUGUUCAUCCAAAUGUCCGCAGCUGUCCUGGUGGUCGCCAGGUUCCUGGAUUUCGACUACAAAGCAGAGAACAGACGCGUUCGCGUGUCAAAGCUGAAACAGCACAUAGAGGUGUGCAAGCUGUGGCUGACUGAGGGACUGGACGCUACGAAUCUGAUCAGCGAAAUCGUUGAAAAAGCUACCUUCUUCGUCGACUGGCCCGUCUUAACGCGAGUCACUUACAUCUUCGUCUGCUACAGUUUCGUGGUGGUGGUCUUCGACGUUCGGGGGAGCUCGGGUAAACAUCGGGACUCUUCGGAACAAGAUCGGGAAAAGUCGGACAGCACUCGGAAAUACUCGGAAAACAGUCGCUGGUACACGGAAGUCUUCGUCGUCAUUUCGAACGUGUUCCUUCUCGGUGUGCGGAUCAUCAUAGCCGUCCAGUACGGAAACGACGCCGAGGGUUCUACCGUGCAGAAAGCACUGAGCCUACUCUUUAACAUCACGAAGUUAUCCAGUACUUUUUACCUGUUCAUGGCGAAAGAGGGAAUCAUAAUUAUUAUGGGAAUUGUUCUCCUUGUGUAUAGAGGGUAUGUGAAAGCGAGGGAGGCGGAUAUCAAGGGACAGGUGUACAAGUUACAGAAGUAUGGGAGACCGAACAGGAGCGAAUCUUCGGUGUCCAAUAUUUCGGAAACAGUAGGGUCGUCGGCCGGGCCGGGCAUAAACAACGACGGUUUCAGUACUGACACUGAGAUGUCAGGAGAAGUAGUGGGUUAA